AUGGCGACUCCGAACGGCGACAUGAGCCAUACCAAAGACAAAUUCGCAUUCCUCAAGGCUCACACCUCAGAAAGCAAAUACCGUGGCAAGGAAUCCUUCUACCAGCACCUCUUCAACGUCUACAGCUAUCUCAAGGCACAGUCACUCCCCGACGAGGUCUGCGACGCCGGACUUUACCACUCAGUCUACGGCACCGAGUUUUACGACUUCCAGAACGAUAGCAUCACCCGCGACAUCGUGCGCAGCUACAUUGGUGAAUAUGCUGAGGAGUUAGCCUACACUUUCUGCCAGCUUAAGAAGAAUCGCUUUGACUCCAUUGUCAAUAAUACCCCAGGCUGGACCUUGAAGCAGCACUUGGAUCUGUGUCGUUUGGAAUAUGCAAAUUUCUGGGAUAACAAAAGCAUCCGGAAUGAGAAAGUCAACGCGCAGAUUUAG